AUGGGACUUCCAAUGACUGCAAACCUCGUGCAAAGAGGAUUCUAGGUGAAAGCAUUCGAUCUAAAUCCUUAAACUCUUGAAAAAUGCAAUGAACUUGUUGAUUACAUUAUUACAAGUGUUCCAGCUACAAAGGAUGUUGAAGAACUUUUAAAAGGACCUGAUGGAAUCUUUAAGAAUGCUAGUAAAGGUACUAUGAUCCUUGAUACAAGUACUAUCUCUCCAAUCGCUUCAAAAGAGUUCGCAGCUGAUGCUAAGAAGAAGGAAUUAAUAUUUAUUGAUACUCCAAUGUCAGGUGGAAUUACCGGAGCUUAAAAUGGUACCUUGACUUUCAUGGUUGGUUGCGAUAAGGAUAAUUUUGAAGCUGCCAAGCAUGUUCUACUCGGCAUGGGAAAGAAUGUAUUCCAUUGCGGAGGUCCAGGAACAGGAGAGAUUGCUAAGAUUUGCAAUAACUUAGUCUUAGGAAUAAAUAUGAUAGCUCUUGCAGAAGGACUUUCAUUAGGAGAAAAGCUUGGAAUUGAUGCUAAGGUUUUAUCUAACAUUCUUUCAGUUAGUACUGGCAGAUCAUGGUGUGUGGAUACUUACAAUCCAAGACCAGGAGUUCUCGAAAAUGUUCCAUCUAGCAGAAAUUAUAAUGGUGGAUUCUAAGUUAGUCUUAUCAGAAAAGAUCUUAGUAUAGCUCUUGAAGCUGCUAAACUAUCAGAUACUGAGACUAAGUUUGCUGAGCAUGCUAUAAACUAUUACAGAGACUUAGAGAAGAAAGGCUUCGGGAAGAAAGAUUUCGGAUUCGUCUACCAAUACGUUCACAAGAACUUUGAAAAAUUAUAAGGCACUAGCGAAAUCGCACAAGACUUAAGCAAUGUUGAUCUCAACUCAACAGAUUAAUCCUAAUAACCUACAGAAGCUCUGAUAAUUUAAGUUCAAUAGGAAAUAGAUUCAAAAGAUCUCGAAGACAACCCUUUCAUCUAUUCAAAAGAGUAAUCUGUUUAAAUCUACUCAUUCGUCGACAAUAGACAGAAGUUUGAUAAAUUAUGUCCUCCUCCCAAAUAUUUUACUGAUGAGAUAUUACUAAAGCAACUACCAACUAGAAAAGAGGAAGUUCUUAAAGGAAUGGAGGAGACUCCAUAAGGAGGACUUAUUUGUGUUGACUAAGAAGCAAUGGAAAAGUAGAAGGGUGUUUUCAUUGAUGUUCUAAAGUAAUUGACUAUUAAUUUACUCAAAGGUCUUACUAUUACGCAUAUUUCAUUGCCUGUAAAAAUAUUUGAGCCAAGAUCCACUCUCUAAAGAAUAGUUGACUUGUACUCAUAUUCCCCUCUCUACCUAACCAAAGCUGCUUAAACAACCGAUCAACUUGAGAGAUUCAAAUUAGUAAUAGUAAAUGCUGUUGCUUCCAUGUAUUUAUGCUGUUCAUAAAACAAACCUUUCAAUCCAAUACUAGGAGAAACCCUUCAAGCUAAAUUUUCUGAUGGCACAGAGAUUUAUUGCGAGCAUACGUCUCAUCAUCCUCCAAUUUCAAACUUUAUGAUAGAGCCUGCAGAUAAGAAAUCAUAUCAAUUUUGGGGUUUCUAUGAAUUUGUUGGGAAUAUGAGUGGAAACAGUUUAAGAGCAGGAUAGAAAGGUCCUAAUAACAUUAAAUUUGAAGAUGGUCAGCAUAUUAGAUACACCUUAUUAGAUUACAAAUUAGGCGGAACCGUAAUGGGUGAUAGAACAAUCGAAGGAAUAGGUAAUAUGGUAUUUGAAGAUUUGACUAACAAUUUUAAAUGUGUUCUAUUCUUCAAUACCUACAAAAAGAGUGGAUUCUGGACUGUUACUGAGACAGGAAAGAAAGAUGAAUUUAAUGGAAUAAUUUAUAAAACUAAGACACCUAUAGACCCACAAUAGACCUAUAAUUUAUACUAUAAAAAAGGAGCUUCAGAUAUCAAAGAUUAGACCAAGCUAGAUAAUGAAAUUGAUGAAAAACUUGGUGUUGUAACAGGAAGUUGGCUAAAAGAUAUAGUGAUAGAUGAUUAGAAAUAUUGGGAUAUUAAUGAGGACAUUCCUUACCGUUAGAUUCCGAUGCUGAAUUAAGACUAAUUCAUAGCUCCCUCAGAUUGGAGAUUUAGAGAGGAUCUGAUUUGGCUAAAGUAUGAAAACAUUCCAAUCGCUCAUAAUUGGAAAGUUAGAAUGGAGGUCCAGCAAAGAUAGGAUAGAAGAUUAAGACAGCUAGCUGGAAAAGGCAAGAGUCAUUGA